GUUUACAUAGAUGGGCGAUAACUUAGAAGAGAUAUUAAGCGUGAAAAAGGGUAGAUGGUCUUCGCAUGAAGAUUCCAUACUAAUCAACUACAUCGCAGUUCAUGGCCAAGGCCGUUGGAAUGACAUCGCUCGAGACUCAGGGUUGAGGCGGAAUGGCAAGAGUUGCAGAUUGAGAUGGAAAAACUACUUGCAACCAAAUGUUCGACGAGGGAAUAUUACAGUUGAGGAGCAGCUUUGCAUUAUGAAGCUCCACUCCCUUUAUGGAAAUCGGUGGUCGAAAAUAGCUAAGUUGUUGCCCGGUCGAACUGAUAAUGAAAUCAAGAACUACUGGAGAAGUCAAGUUUUAAAGCCUGCAAAGCAGCUGAAAUACGACACAAAUAGCAUGGAGUUAAGGGAGUUCGUUCGUGACAUAUGGCUUCCUAGGAUUCAUGCUAAUUAUAUUAAUCUUGCAAGUGUUAGCGGGGUGAUGAUGAAUUGCAAUGACAUUAAUGCUGAAAGUGUUGGAAUGGAUUAUUAUUGGUCGAAUAGCAUUUCAUGUGAUCAAAUUGCAGUCACGAAUAAUUUAUGUAAUACUCCUACUAGUAGUGACUGCGGGUUUCGUGAUUACAUAUAUUAUGGCCUUGAUAGCCCCUCCCUGCUUCGGUUUAUCGAAUAGAUGAUGUAUUA